AUGGAUAGAGUGACAAAUGAGGAGGUACUCAGGCGGAUGAGCAAAGAUAGAGAACUCCUAUCAACAGUGAAGGAAAGGAAAUUACAGUACGUCGUUCACAUCAUGAGGGAUAAUCGAUACGAGGUGCUCAGACUGGUCAUCGAAGGCAAAAUUGAGGGCAGGAGAUCAGUGGGAAGAAGGCAAAACUCCUGGCUUAAGGAUCUGCGUCGUUGGUUUGGAAGAACAUUGAUCGAAAUUUUCAGAGGUGUGGUUUCACACACCAUCAUGGCCAGUUGGGUCGCCAACCUUCGAAGGGAGACGGCAGUCUUAGAAGAAGAAGAACGAUAUGAUAGAUACAAUGAGAUGGAUAAAAAUCUAGCAAGGGCAAAACUUCUCCAACAGUGGCAAGAGAAAUGGAAUAACGGAAUAUAUGGCAGAUGGACUAACAGGUUAAUACCCGACAUACAACUAUGGUUAAACAGACUAUAUGGAGAAGUCGAUUACUUCAUGAGUCAAUCUAAAUUGUGGGAAGCCCUCGAGAAAACGAAUAUCAGCAUAACAUUAAUUAGGGCGGUCCAAGAACUUUAUAAGAGCAACACUAGCCAAGUAAAGAAAGGACAAACAGUAUCAAAGGGAUUCAGCAUAAACAAAGAUCUUAAACAGGGCGGCUGUCUAUCGCCGACACUGUUUAAAAUCUAUUUGGAACAAGCUCUGAAAACGUGGAAAUGGAAGUGCGAACUGAUGGAGAUACCACUAAACGACUCGAUACUUUACACUCUUUGUUUCGGUGAUGAUCAAAUAAUACUGGCUCAAGACUAUGAGGACCUGGAAUAUAUGACCCGCAAACUAAUUGAAGAGUAUCACAAGUGGGGGCUGGAGGUAAACCUUAAUAAGACGGAAUAUAUGUGUAUCGGCGGCGAACAACAGAACUUAAUCCUAGAACAGCAACAGCAAGAGAUAAAACACUGCCAAAAAUAUAAAUAUCUGGGCAUGCACAUUACCAACGAUGGUAGCCUUGAUGAAGAAAUUAAGUGCAUAAACAACCAGGGAAAACAAGCAAUUAGACAACUCAACAGCAUUUUAUGGAAUAAGGCCAUAUCAAAAGAAAACAAACACAAAAUUUAUAACGGCAUAGUUAAAAGCAUCAUUAGUUAUUGUAGUGAAGUAUGGUCUUUGAAAGAAAGAAACCUUUAA